AUGUUUUGUUUUCUUUCCACAAAGUGUGCCCAAGCCAUCAAGCGAGUGGACGAAAAAGUGUUGUUUUUAGAUUAAAACUAAAAUAUGGCUAAAGAUCCGCUCAAUGAAAUGUUAGAAUUUCUACAGCCUAACUCUCGUUUGGACUUGAAACAUGUUUCUUUAGACUACCUUCUCGGUUUGUCUGGGAAAGACGAUGGCCUGAACACGCUCCUAGAAAACGAACAAAUUGUGCAAUGUAUUAUUGAAUUAAUUGCAGAUAAAAUCGAUGAUAUAUCAAAGAUAGCUCUCUCUUUGUUAGUGAACAUUACAGCACAGCCAAAAGGUGCAUUAGAACUCUUAAAAUACAAGGCGAACGACUACAAAAACAUAGUUGAAUUACUUAUAGGUUAUGUUCGAAAUCCUGAUAAAAGAUACGCAGAUAUUGCGUGCAUGAUAUUGACGAACAUAACUCGAUCGGAGGAAGGUCUGGAAAUCUGUUUGGAUACAUUCAUACCUCAUUUAAACGAUCUAUUAAAUGUUUUCGUCAACUUGGACUACAAUAAAAAAAAAUCCAACCUGCAUUACCUGUCGCCUAUGUUCAGCAAUCUGAGUCAAAGUAUACGGAUAAGAAAAUGGUUGUUAGAAGAAAAUCCACAUGUGCCAUUAAUAAAGUUAUUACCUUUUUGCAAUUUCGAGCAUUCCAACAUUCGAAGGGGUGGUGCAAUAGGGACUGUACGCAACUUAUCAUUCGACACAGAAAACCACGAUUAUUUAUUAAGUUCCGAAUUAGAUUUGCUCACAUAUCUUUUGCAUCCACUAAUGGGCGAUGAAGAUUAUGAAGAUGAAGAGAUGGAUAAGCUGCCCAUAGCGCUACAAUACUUGCCGAAAGAGAAAAAGCGAGAUCCGGAUGUAGAUGUCCGGAAAAUGAUUCUAGAAACACUGGUAAAGUUCUGCACGAAGCGUAAAGGCCGAGAGGUCUUGCGUGAAAAUGGAGUAUACUACAUAUUAAGAGAGUAUCACAAAUGGGAGCGAGACGCACAUGCGUUGUUGGCUUGUGAGAACGUUGUAGACAUUUUGAUACAAAAAGAAGAUGAAGUGGGAGCCGAAGACUUGUCUACAGUCGAUGUUCCCGAUGACAUGAAGGAACAAUUUGAUAAAAUGGAUCAAGAAUAUUUAAAUACUGUUAAAUAAAGAUUUUCUUUAUUAUCACUCCUUUCUUUACUAAAAUUCAAACUUGUUAGUCAACUAUAACAAUUAACAUUAUAAAGCCUAGCCAAUACUUUGGCUACUCAAUCUUUCUCUGAGCAUUUUUAGUCUUCAAAAAAAAAAAACGCUCAACAGCUGGUUGAGCGUUUUUUUGUUCCCACUUCAUACGUUCGUUUUCAUUUACCGCCGCAGACCAUCGGCACGGAUAUCAUCCAUGACAACAUCACUUAGGCUUCACAAUCUUGAAUAUUCUAGAAUAGAGAAAGACAUUGAGUAGACCUUUCAUCUUGGAAGAAUGUACUACUUGGGAAAUUCUAAAUCAAAAUCUAGUGGAAAAUAAACACAAUAAUACAAAUAAACAUUUAUUUACAUUUACUUACAAUAACAAACUAAGACAGAUCUACAAACCUAUGACUGUUUGUGUCGUCAAGAAAGAAAAGUCUUAUUUAAUAGACAUAUGCUUAGUAUGACACUUGGUAACAUAAGAAAGUAAUAUGUAUAGUCAUUAUUUUGUACUUAGUUAUACAAAGAUAACACCAACUUUUCAUACAAAUCGCAAUAUUUUUUACUACCCCCGAUGUAACAAAUCCCAUUGGUAAACAAGAGGGUUUGCUGCAAUCCAAAAACAUUCUAACUUUUCCCCUGUAUAUAUAAAUACACAUUUUAUAAUUUUUAUAGGCCGGCCACGAUGUUAGCACACUAAAGUUUUCUACAAACUUAGUAAUAAUGUAAAACAUUUUUUUAACAUUUAAAAAAGAAAUGUAUAGUCCCAGAACCAUUAAAGAUAUUUUAUCAUCUAUUGUACAACAACUAGAUUGUAAUGUAGAUUAUAGUGAAGCUAAAUAUAAUCUGACUAGUGGCCCUUCCCGGAUUCGCUCGGGUAACACCAUAAUAAAUGAAACACCUAAACUUUCCUUGGGGAAAACACUCGUUAAAAAAAAUCCCACAUCAAAAUCCUUUGUGUAGUUACGAUGCACAGGGAUUGGCAGCGAGUAGCGACUUUUUAUUACGCUUUGUAUGCUGCAGCAAGUGAACUCUUUUGUAGAGGUAUAGAGUGAAGGAUUUUUAGCUUUGUUUGAUUUGGGCUAUUUUGGGUUGAAGACAUCAAAUCUAAUGUUUACUCAAAUCAAAUUUAUUUUACAGUUUGAUGUGUGCAUUUGGCAACUGUAAAUUGGUCUUUGUCUUCUAUGGUUUUCUAUAUUCCGUGUUUUUUUUCUCACUUCAAAUUUGAAUCGAUUUGUGUGGAGAUGGAAGGUAUAAAAUGACAGACAACUUUUUUAAAUGUUACUUUUUAACACGACUGCCCAUAAAGUAUGAAGAAAAUAUUCAGAGUAUGUAUUGAGUUUAUUUAACAGAUAACUAUGUGUAAUGUGUCAUUAAAAUAAUUACUUUAGCCCCUGGUGAUAUAGGAUACUCGUAUAUGAUGUUAACGAAGUCAACACAAAAAUAUAUGUACCUACAAAACGUAUGUUUAACGAUACAUUUGUGUGAAAAAUCGAUAAAAUAAAAUAGUAGGUAGUCGGCUUUUUCUGUGUUUGUAAAAUUGGGACAUUCCUGCGGGCGAAUGGAUAUAUAUUUAGUUCCAUUAUGACAACAACAUAUUUAUUUUUUUGGGAUUUUACAACUUACCUAUUGAGCACAUUUUUUUUUUCAAUUUCUACAACAGCAACUAGAAUCACAUGUGUACGGUCAACAGCACAUCAAGUUACCCUUCAUCUACCUCUAUGACGCGGUAAUACUGGCAAGCUUACAAUGAAUUGGCGGUUAAUAUGCGGUUGACUGUAUUAAAACUGCUAAUUAUCUAUAAAGCAUUUGUAUAACAGAGACAGCGCCAGUGAAAGCGCAGCGGCCGUUUGUGGAACUAUCGAUAAUAGAUCCGCCACGUUGUUGAUGUCAGCGACUGUAGCGCCGCGUGUGGGACUUCUUUCAUGGCGCGGACUCUAUCAUAAACAUUUAUACUACUACACUGUUUUAGAUCCGGGUUGAAAUACUGAUAUUUGUUUUUUUUUUUUCAAUUAGAUGUUGAGAACACGUGUGACCCGUCAAAUAUCUUACUUUUUAUAUGAAGAGUGUUAAAUUGUUACGAUCUUGAUAGGUAUAUAAAAACAUGGACGGGCAGUUCCAACAAUAAAAAAAAAAAACUUUCUGCUUCAUGACAAUGACAGAUCUGGUGCUUUUUUUUUAAAUUCAAAAAUUAUAUAGUGCCAUUAAAUUUUAUGUAUAGCAAUAAAGUAUGACAUUGUUUAUUGUAUUUGACGACCCUGUGACAAUAAAGGUUGACAAUUUGAUGUGGUAGACUCUUUUUCAUUAUAACAUAGAUUCACAACCUAAUCUGCUUGAUAUACAUAAGUUUCACAACCUAUUUAAUGUUUUACAGCAUGGACAACAAAUAUUGUUGUAAACAAAACCGUAUUUCAAUCAACAACAUUAUGACUGUUUGAUCUCGUGUACCUAUACCAUGGAUUUAGUAAGUACUU